AUGACGUCAGGCAUCGUGAGUGUAAAGCCAAGAGCACACAAAACGGGGACAGAGGUUGAGAUGUGGUCGGGAUGGGAACCGUUUCGAAGCCAGCAAUGCAGAUUUGAGCUAGAAGGGGACAAAGUUCUUGCGAAAUUUGAAGUGAGCAUGCGACACGGUGAUCUCGUUGUUAGAAAGAAGAACAUUACGACAUUGUACACCCAAGCCGUCGGGGAGAGAAGGUUCGCGGUGUACGAAGACAAUGACCGCGAGGCCUUACAAGACGGAUGUUUGAUAGUAGGAGAAGCACUGGUUGAUAAGUCGCCAGGUUGCUUGAGCUCAGUCAGGGAUGGAGUAUAUGAAGAUGAAGAGUUUGCGAAGAACCUGCCAGCAAAAGGCGAAAAUGUUAUUGGGGAAGAGUUGGGCCAGGUCCGAAGAGCCAUUUUUCUGUUGAAGGUUGCUGCACUGGAGCAUGGUGAUAUGAACGCGUUGCAGAGAUGCGUGAAGCUCCUCACCGACUCGAGUGAGGAGAUGACAGAACACAUGAUAUUGACGAACAGGCGACGAGCUGGAGAAUUGGUGCUAGCUUUUUUCCACAGUGUUUUUGUGAGCAGAAAGGGGAGUGGCGGGGUCAAGGGGGGUGGAAGAGAGUUUGAAGCGUUGUUUUCAUUAUUACAAGAGCUUGUGGAGAAAUCGGCUUUUGACAACUAUGUCGUGGAUGUGGUUCUGGAUUUUCUGAAAUGCGCAGUAGAUCUGAGUAUACCUGAGGAUGUACGAAGCUGCCUCAUAUGGAUGCGAAGGUUGAUAGCAAGAUCACUGAGAUUGGAUAAGUUGGAUUGUCUUUGUCGCAGUUUUGAAGAAAUACUUGGAGCGGAACGAGGGCAAAGAGUGGCUAUCCGUCGGAAGCAGUUGUUCUUCACGGACAGUGAGGUGACCGAGUACGACGUGCGUACUGUUAACAUUUUGGAAAAGGCUCUUCUGGAACGCCAGAUUGAGGAGCAUGAUGAUGUCUACGCGAUGAACAAGCUAGGACUGAUGCUGCAUAACGGCGCAGAAGGAGUAGAAGCCGAUGCGGUACGCGCAUUGGAGCUUUAUGAGCUUGCAAUAUCAAAAGGCACUAACUGCUCUGCGAUGUACAACCUAGGUUGUUUGUUGGAGAAGGGAGGGGAGGGGGUCGAGAAGGAUGCGGUACGAGCCAAGGAGUUGUUCGAGCGUGCAAUCAAUGAGCAUGGUCAUGUCGGGGCGAUGAACAAUCUAGGACUGAUGGUGAAGGAGGGUGCAGACGGAGUAGAAGCCGAUGCGGUACGCGCAAUGGAGCUUUAUGAGCUUGCAAUAUCGAAGGGCAGGAACGGCAUUGCGAUGUACAAUCUUGGUAUCUUGCUGAGAGACGGGGCAAAGGAUUUGGAUUGCAAUUUGGUGCGCGCAGCUGAGCUGUUUAAGAUGUCCAUUGAAGAGAGCAACGAUACAGACGCAAUGGUGGAACUGGGAAAUCUGUUACGCGAUGGAGCGGAAGGAGUCCAGCGGGAUACAGAUCGUGCAUGCAGAUUGUAUGAGAGGGCCAUCAAAGAGGACAACCAUUCCGAGGCUGUAGAGAAUCUUGCUGCGCUGCGCGAUGCUGAGAUAAAUGAGGUCACAGAAGACGGAGACUGAACGAUUUCAGAAGUCAGCAAGAGCACUCUCCCGAACGGAGAUGGCGGGUGCCGUCGGGGAGAGCAGAAGGGAAACCCGAGGCUCAAGGCGAGUUUCCCUUCGUUAAGAUCCCUGUAGAAGAUGGGAUAAAGACGUGGUUCCUACCGUCCGGUAGCGACGGGUAGAUCGCCGAUGCUGAGUUCAACUCCUUUAUCGGGACAAUGAACUCAGAGGCAGCGGCCGGCGCUAGGGCGCCCGCCUCAGGCUGCACCCGGAACGGAGAACGGAAUCAGGACUUGUCGAGGUGGCGCACCGGAGGAGUCCUUUUGCUCUCGCCCCGUCGCCGCUUUAGCUUUCAACACUCAUUUGACCUGUUGUGGUUGGUCGCUGGUGCCAUCCACGGGCAUCCCCGACAACCCCGUGACGGACCACAAGGACAGACUGUCCGCAUUACAGUCUGUCAUCCGCGGUACUUAGACCCACGGGACGGCGACGACGAGUAAAGACGACCCCAUGAGGAUUACGAUU